UGCCCCGACUGCGGGAAGAGCUUCAACCGUAACUCCCACCUCAUCAGGCACCGGCGCAUCCACAGUGGGGAGAGGCCCUACGAGUGUCCCCAGUGUGGGAAGAGCUUCUCCAGGAGCUUUCAUUUGAUCCGGCACCAGGUGAUCCACACUGGAGAAAAGCCCUACGAGUGUGGGGAAUGCGGGAAGAGCUUCAGCCGGAGCUCCAGCCUGAGGAAUCACCAGAGGAUCCACACUGGGGAAAAGCCCUAUGAGUGUGGGAAAUGUGGGAAGGGCUUCAGAGACAUCUCUGACCUGAUGACACACCAGGUGAUCCACACAGGGGAACGGCCCUACACCUGCUUGGAAUGUGGGAAGAGCUUUGGGUGGAGCUCUGACCUGAGAAAACACCAGCUCAUCCACACUGGGGAGAGGCCCUACGAGUGUCCCGAGUGUGGGAAGAGGUUUCAGCGCAGCUCCAGUGUCCUCGUACAUGAGCGGAUUCACACAGAGGAGAGGCCCUUCCGCUGCCCCGACUGCGGGAAGGGCUUCAAGUACAACUCCCACCUCACCAUCCACCGGCGCAUCCACAGUGGGGAGAGGCCCUACGAGUGUCCCCAGUGUGGGAAGAGCUUCUCAGACAGCUCAGCCUUGACCCGACACCAACGGAGGCACCAUGUGGAGAAGCCCCACAAGUGCUUGGAAUGUGGGAAGGGUUUCAGGUACAGCUCCCACCUGAUCCGGCACCAGGUGAUCCACACUGGGGAAAAGCCCUAUGAGUGUGGGGAAUGUGGGAAGAGCUUCAGCUGGAGCUUCACCCUGAGGAAUCACCAGAUGAUCCACACUGGGGAACGACCCUAUCAGUGUGGGAAAUGUGGGAAGAGCUUCAGAAAUAUCACUGAACUGAUGAGACACCAGGUGAUCCACACAGGGGAACGGCCCUACACCUGCUUGGAAUGUGGGAAGAGCUUUGGGAGGAGCUCCAGUCUGAGAAACCACCAGCGCAUCCACACUGGGGAGAGGCUCUACGAGUGUCCCCAGUGUGGGAAGAGGUUUCAGACCAGCUCUGAUGUCCUCGUACAUGAGCGGAUUCACACAGGAGAGAGGCCCUUCCGCUGCCCCGACUGCGGGAAGAGCUUCAACCGUAACUCCCACCUCAUCAGGCACCGGCGCAUCCACAGUGGGGAGAGGCCCUACGAGUGUCCCCAGUGUGGGAAGAGCUUCUCCAGGAGCUCUCACUUGACCCAACACCAACGGAGGCACCAGUAAGGGAAGCCCUGCGAGUGCCUCGAGUGCGGGAAGAGCUUCGCACACACAUUAAACAUCAAGAUGCACCAGAGCUCAGAGCUGGGGGAGAAGCCCCACAAGUGCUUGGAAUGUGGGAAGGGCUUCAGGUGGAGCUCCCAGCUGAUCCGGCACCAGGUAAUCCACACUGGGGAAAAGCCCUACGAGUGUGGGGAAUGUGGGAAGAGCUUCAGCCGGAGCUCCAGCCUUUGGAAACACCAGAGGAUCCACAUGGGGGAACGGCCCUAUGAGUGUGGGAAAUGUGGAAAGAGCUUUGGAAGUAUCUCUAACCUGAUGAGACACCAGGUGAUCCACACAGGGGAACGGCCCUACACCUGCUUGAAAUGUGGGAAAAGCUUUGGACAGAGCUGUGGCCUGAGAAAACACCAGCGCAUCCACACUGGGGAGAGGCCCUACGAGUGUCCCCAGUGUGGGAAGAGGUUUCAGCGCAGCUCCCAUGUCCUCGUACAUGAGCGGAUUCACACAGAGGAGAGGCCCUUCCGCUGCCCCGACUGCGGGAAGGGCUUCCAGCAAAACUCCACCCUCACCGUCCACCGGCGCAUCCACACUGGGGAGAGGCCCUACGAGUGUCCCCAGUGUGGGAAGAACUUCUCACAGAGCUCUCACUUGACCCGACACCAACGGAGGCACCAGUAAGGGAAGCCCUGCGAGUGCCCCGAGUGUGGGAAGAGCUUCAGAGUCUUUUCCCUCCUGGAGAAGCACCAGAUGACCCAGACUGGGGAAAAGCCCUACGGGUGUGGGGAAUGUGGGAAGAGCUUCAGCCAGAGCUCCAGCCUGAGGAAUCACCAGAUGAUCCACACUGGGGAACGACCCUACGAGUGUGGGAAAUGUGGGAAGAGUUUCAGAGAUAUCUCUGACCUGAUGAGACACCAGGUGAUCCACACAGGGGAACGGCCCUACACCUGCUUGGAAUGUGGGAAGAGCUUUGGAUGGAGCUCCUACCUGAGAAAACACCAGCUCAUCCACACUGGGGAGAGGCCCUACGAGUGUCCCCAGUGUGGGAAGAGGUUUCAGACCAGCUCUGAUGUCCUCAAACAUGAGCGGAUUCACACAGAGGAGAGGCCCUUCCGCUGCCCCGACUGCGGGAAGGGCUUCAAGCACAACUCCACCCUCACCGUCCACCGGCGCAUCCACAGUGGGGAGAGGCCCUACGAGUGUCCCCAGUGUGGGAAGAGCUUCUCCAGGAGCUCUAACUUGACCAAACACCAACGGAGGCACCAGUAAGGGAAGCCCUGCGAGUGCCCCGAGUGCGGGAAGAGCUUCGUCCACACCUCCCACCUCUUCAUCCGCCACCAAGUACACACGGGGAAAUGGCCCUACAAGUUCUUAGAAUGUGUGAAGAGCUUCAACUGCACCUCCCAUCUCAUCCCCCACAUGCGGUAGCACACAGGGGAACGGCCCUACGAGUGGGCAUCACUCUGUGCCCUUUUGUAG